AUACGUGUUAGUGUGUCUAUCUAAAUAGGAAGCAAAGGGAGUUAACCAUGUCUAUUCCACCUUCAACUAAUUCUUCAGUUAACAGGUUCAGAUUCACUGUCUGUGGAAUUUGUCUAGUGGCGCUAUUGCUGUGGACACUGACCUGUUUGAUUACUGUAUGGAGAUAUCUGGAUGGUGGUUGGAUAAACACAUAUCUGCCCCCCAGUCCAAGAGCCCUUUUACUUACAAGACAAAUACAAACAAAUGUGUCAUCCACAAAUUUAGUUCUUGACAUGGGAAUCCGUGAGGAGGAGUGGGAUAGACUCCAAAAGGCUCUUGACUGGGCAAGUUCAAAUCAAGAAAUAACUGAGCUUAAUCUGAGCACAAGUCCAGUUUACACAACAUUCUCUAUUAUGGGACUUAAUAAAACCUACAGAGUUGGAGAAAAGAUCCAUGUUAUUAUUACAGCGAGAGAUCACAACACGAACUUGAAAUCAUAUGGAGGCGAUUUUUUCCAAGCAAAGCUUUUCAACUCCAAAUUAAAGGCAAGUGUUUAUGGGAAAAUUGAUGAUCACCGCAAUGGGACGUACACUGUUGAUCUUCUGCUACCCUGGGAAGGUCAGGCACAAGUGUCUGUGCGACUGGUCCACUCCAGCGAAGUUGUGCAUAUUAUUAAAAAAUACAGGGACUCCUCAAUCCCACGGAGCCUUUAUUAUGGUUACUUUGAAGGGUCAGGACCAAAAGGAAUCAGGAUUAAAGAAAAAGUAGACUGUGGUCUUAAAUGGGGCUCAGAUGGAAGUUGGAUUAAAGGCAACUGCUGCUGUGAAUAUAAGGAUGUAAAAACAGGAACGGAAUGGCAGUGUGAGAGACCAAAGCAACUUUCCUGUGACAAAUGGGUGCAUCAUGAAAGAGGGGCUUUGAAAGACCCAUCAAAUAAAUUUGAACAACAACUUUUUUCAAGAAAAUUAACAAAUGUUGGUAUUUCUGGAGACAAUCAAAGCAUAAAUGUUGUUCAGAACACUGCAAGCAAUGGCAAAACAGUGAAAUGCAGAUCUGGUUUGACUACACCAGUACCUGCAGGUUUUUUUUUUAAAGAUGUCUGGAAGUCUUUUGUAUGUAACACUCAGGAAUUCAGUCCUUUACAAUUGGGAAAGUGUCUUAAAAACAAGAUUGUUUACCUGUUUGGAGACUCUACCACCAGGCAGUGGUUUGAGUAUUUAGAAAAAAAAGUGCCAGGGUUAAAACGAAUGAACCUCCACACUCCUCGCACUGGUGGACCCCUAAUGGCUGUAGAAUUAAAAAACAACAUCAUUGUUCACUGGAAGCCACAUGGUGUUCCCUUGAGAUUCACUAAAAUGUUAAUUACCGAUCUGCAUUAUAUCAGCAAUGAUAUUGAUGAAAUAGCUGGUGGUGCUCAUGCUGUCGUUGUCAUCACAUUUUUUGCCCAUCUGGUUUUUCACCCACUAACAUUUUAUGUCUAUGAAGUGGCCAAAAUUCGUCAGGCUGUUCUUGCACUGCUGAGCCGAGCACCAGAGACUACUGUGAUUAUCAAGUCUGGCAAUACUGGAGGCUUUAAGAACAUUUUUCAAAGUGACUGGCUUGCAUUGCAGUUGAACACAGUAAUGAAGGAGAUGUUCAGUGAUAUUAAUCAAGUGGUCUACAUGGACAUCUGGCAGAUGACUUCCUGUCAUUAUCUGCGUGAAAACAUUCACCCAGGUCCUGUUAUCGUUGCUAAUGAGGUGUGCUACUGUGGGUGGCUCCGGCACACCCGUGGCUACGCCCCUGCCGUGACCCAAAUCUCGUUCGCACAUCAUCGCGAUAUUUAUCAUCCGUUUACAAACGUCGCCACAUCUCGCUUUGUAAGAUGGAAUUACUGGACUUCUCUCCAAUGCUCUAUUACAACGCAGAGAGGCCAGCAUCACUCCACAAAAGUUUUUGUUAAAAAUGUCAACGUUCAGAGGCAUCACUCAGUACCAGUCAUGCAGAAACUUUAUGAGGCUGUUGUAAGAGAUUAGCCUAUCCCCUGUAUGUCACUGAUGCACUAGUAUACUUCAAAGAUGUGAGGACAAGAACAUACACCUGCGAGUAGUCUUAGACAUUGCCUGUGUUGUUGCCUCACAUUUGCAGAUCAAGUACAGUACCAGAUGGCUUGAUGGGUUUGGGCUCACAGACGGAUUGAUUCUCGCUCCUCAAGAAGAUAUCUCAUUCUUUAUCAGAGAGGCACCAGUGUUGAUUUCUGAAGGAGACAUGGAGAGAUGGAAAAAAGCUAGCCCAACAGAAACCAAUAAACACUGUCUGUAGAUGGAAAAGGGACUACAUCAACAGACUGAUUCAGUUCUACAAGUUCAAAUAUUAGAAUUGAGGACUCUGCUAAACAUUGAGAAAAAAUACCGUAUUGGGAGAAGAUGGCAAGAGUCUGAUUCAAACUUCCAGUCUACCCUUAAAGAUGUGGACCGUGAGCUCAGAGUCCAACUGCAAGGCUAGAACUGAAUCAAGGGAGAGAGCAGUCCUCCACCUGAGAAGAAUAUAUCCAGCUUUGCUUCAGAUGGGCAAGGCAUUGCCAUUAGACUCUCCAAGCAGGUAGCCAGCUCCAACAAUAGACUGAAACAGGCAAUAAAAAAAUUACAACAGCAUUCAAUGGUCACCGCAGAUGAGCUUCUUACCUCCGACAAUUGAUUUUCAGGAAUCAUGUGAUCCCUCUUGGCAUGUCUACUUCUGCUUUGAUGACACUAUUGAAGAAGAUGAUGUUUCGAGGAGUCUAAAAAAGCGAGGGAUUGAUGCCUUACAUAUGAAGACUCAUGCAAAAGCUGCUCUCAUUCAACACCUCCAACAGCUGGAAAGAAAACUACAUCAAGCCAUUGUGAUGUUUCACCCACAUGUAUCAGACUUUGUUCCUGCAGACAACCCCCACUUGUGUCAGGCCCUCCCCAUGCCAAGCAUACAGACACUGGUAUACAAUGAUAAGAGUGAUAAUGAUGACAAUGUGGAUAAAUAUGAUAACUAGCACUACAGAUAUUUUUUUAAUUUCUAGUCUGAUAUUGUAUUCUGUAAAAAGAAUGAUGUAAAAUGUAUAGUAUAUGUUGCAGCAUAUCAUAGAAACCUUUAUGGUGGUGUAAUAUAAUGUUCGCCUUACUUGUGCAAACAUGAUGUUUUACUAGGUCUGAUUUAUUUUAAAGCGUAGGUACUGUUUUUAAGCACACAUAUUCACACUAGUCUGUAAGAGGACAAAAUUGUGUGUUUAACAUUGUGAUGUUACUUAUUUACUGUAAUGUACAAAUGUGGUCAAUGUGUGUAAGGUGUUUUG